GCUCUCGCCUUCUCACAUCAUUGCUGGUUCUCAUCCUGAAUAUUCCAUUCACAUCAUGUCCAACCCAACUCUCAUUGUCACUGGCGCUUCUCGUGGCAUUGGCCGUAGUAUUGUAUUAGCUGCCCUUCAAAACUUCAAUGCCAAUGUUAUUGGCGUUGCCCGUUCGAAGGAUGCGCUCCAAACCCUAUCGCAACACAUUGAGAAUGAUCUUCAGCUCCACAAUCGUUUCAAGUUUGUCGUUGGAGAUGUCACUGCAGAGUCUACAUCUAAAGAAGCCGUUGAGCUUGCUAAAAAUUCAUGGAGUGGUCGUCUUGAUGGUGUCGCUCUCAACGCAGGUGUUAUUGAUCCUCUGGGAUCAAUUGCCACUACGACUUUGCAAGAAUGGAAACAAUGCUUUGAUAUUAACUUUUUCUCGAUCAUGACUUUUGUCCAGCAUGCUGCCCCUGCCCUUCGCGAGUCUAAGGGCCGUGUCAUCUUCGUGAGCUCUGGCGCUGCAGCUAGCCCAUACUAUGGAUGGGGAGCAUAUUGCACAUCUAAGGCUGCUCUCAAGAUGUUUGGUGAAGUACUUGCUAAGGAGGAGCCGGAGCUUACUUCCAUCUCGAUUCGUCCAGGAGUCGUUGACACUGAGAUGCAGUCAUCCAUUCGUACUAAAGGUGCUGAUACUAUGGUUCCUGAGCAGCAUGCGCGGUUCGUUGAACUGCAUACUUCCAAGACCUUACUCCAUCCUGAUGAACCUGGUCAUGUUAUUGCUAGCUUGGCUGUCAAGGCUCCUCAUUCACUCAGUGGUCAAUUCUAUUCUUGGGAUGAUGAGGAGUUGAAGGCUUACCGCAAAUAAAAAGAAAAAAAUGCUAUACGCUGACUGACUCGUAUCAAUAGAAAAAAAAAAAAAGAUUUCGCGUAGAAUUUUAUGAAAUAAAC